GGACUGGCGUGGCGGCAUUGGCGGAGGGCGUGGCCGGACGCUGGAGGAGAUCAGGUUCAAGAGGAUGGUGGUGGACGACGAGGUGCUGGAGAUGAUCGGGAGGAGGUUUAGGAAUCUGAGGGUGUUGGGGUUUUCCUCCUGUGAGGGCCUUAGUACUGCGGGGUUGGCGACCGUUGCUGCUAACUGCAGGUAUCUCAGGGAACUCGACUUACAAGAAAAUGAGGUGGAAGAUAACUGCUGUCACUGGCUCAGCCACUUCCCCGAAACAUUCACCUCCCUCGUGGUUCUCAACAUUGCAUGCCUCGAAGGAGAAGUAAACAUGUCAGUCCUCGAGAGGCUGGUGAGCAGAUGUCCAAACCUACGAACCCUAAGGCUCAACCACGCCGUGCCUCUUGAUAGGCUUGCCAACAUUCUACAAAAAGCUCCGCAGCUUGUUGAUCUUGGUACUGGCAGGUUUGCAGCGGAUGCGGGGCCAGAGCUUUAUGCUAAGCUUCAUUCUGCCUUUACCGGCUGCAAGAGCUUGAGAAGUUUGUCUGGGAUAUGGGAAGCGGUUCCUUCGUACCUUCCAACGCUUUAUUCUGUCUGUGCUGGUCUCACUUCAUUGAACCUGAGUUACGCUAAUUUGCAAAAUUCAGAGAUUACGAAGCUAGUUAGUCAAUGCAAGAAUCUGCAGAGAUUAUGGGUGAUGGAUUUGAUAGAGGACACCGGCCUCGAAGCCGUAGCAUCCUCCUGCAAGCACCUUCAAGAACUCCGCGUCUUCCCUUCUGAUCCAUACGGCGCUGCCCAGCCUGUCGCCCUCACCGAGCGCGGCCUUGUCGCUGUCUGCACCUCCUGCCCUCAUCUCCAUUCUGUCCUCUACUUCUGCCGCCAGAUGACCAACUCUGCCCUCGAAACCAUCGCCAACCACCGCCCAAAUCUCAUCCGCUUCCGCCUCUGCAUCAUCGACCCCUGCACCCCUGACUACCUCACCUUCCAACCCUUCGACGCUGGUUUUACCGCCAUCGUCGAGUCCUGCAAGAACCUCCGCCGCCUCUCGCUCUCUGGCCUCCUCACCGACCGAGUCUUCAAAUCCAUCGGCGCCUCUGCCGAUUGCCUCGAGAUGCUUUCCAUUGCCUUCGCAGGCGACAGCGACGCCGGGCUUCACUACAUCCUUUCUGGCUGUAAAAGCAUGAGGAAGCUUGAGAUAAGGGAUUGUCCAUUUGGAGACAAGCCUCUGCUGGCAAAUGCUGAGAAACUCGAGACAAUGCGAUCCCUUUGGAUGUCGUCGUGCAAUUUGACCUUGGGGGCAUGCAGGACGCUGGCGAGGAGGAUGCCUAGGUUGAACGUGGAGGUGAUCGACGAGAGUGGGGGAUUGAAGUGGGAUCCUAGCAUGCCCGAUGACUUUCCCGUCGAGAAGCUCUAUGUUUACAGGACUCUAGCUGGCCGGAGGUCAGACUCGCCGUCGUUUGUCUAUACCUUGUAGAGAGAGGUACUCCGUUUGUUUCGCUACAUUAAUUUUCUUCUCUCUCGUUGAUGUGUUAACCGUGCAAUCAUUUUGAGCGAAGCGCGCAGAUGAUCGGCGAAGAGAGUAUAGAGCCAUGUUUUUUUUUCUCCCUCUUGAAGACAGCUUAUAAAGUGUUGUAUUUGGUAGGAAAGAGGGUUUUGGGGAUUUCACUGUCAAUAAGAGCGGGGGGAAACAAUGCUGAAGGACUGUAUAAUUUUAUGAAGAGGAUUAGGUUGUUUGAUGGAGGUCUGGUUCUUAUGUAAAUGAGGGUCUUUUUAGUUCCUCGUAUUGUUUAACUGUGUAAGUUGUAAGGAAUUGAAUCAGAACCUUUUUAACACUUGGGUUCAAUAUUUUAGGUGUCGAUUUUGUCUGUAUUAUUUUCUUGAAUGCAUAAGACGAGAAUUAUAUUUGA